AGUCAGCAUGAGACGCAGAGACAUUAUCUUCAUCCUUCUACAGAGCUUCAUGCUGCUGCUUCAGCUUUCCAUUGGAUCAGAGUUCAGAAAUCUGAGAUACAGGAAUAGUUAUGCAGAUUAUUUACAGCAAAAUGAAAGAACUGCAAUGGACACAAUUAUGGACAUUAAUAACGACGAAGCAGUGGAUGCUGUGGAUGGAGUAAAACUCAGAGAGGGAGACAUCGCCGUCUCGAGCAGGAGCGAGAGAAGCUGCUUUGCCCGAAGCUGUUUAUGGUCCAAAUCUGUAGAUGGACACAUUUACAUUGCAUACACACUCUCACCAGAGUACAAUGAAGUGGAUCGGCGAGCUAUAAAGCAUGGGAUGGAUCAGAUUGAGAGAGACACAUGUGUGCGCUUCGUACCCAGAACACACCAGAGAGACUUCCUGGACAUUCAGUCUAAAACUGGGUGUUGGUCAUAUUUGGGGUCGAGUGGAGGCAGACAGAUUCUCUCCCUGCAAAGUCCGGAGUGUGUGAGUUCUGGAGUUGUUUCACAUCAGCUCAUGCAUGCGCUUGGAUUUGUACAUGAACAGUCACGUGCUGAUCGAGAUAAAUAUGUCACUAUCAUGUGGUCCAAAAUUUGGAAAGCUGAAAACUUAACCAAACUCAAAGUUGACCCUGAUUUUACCUUAAACUCCACAUGUUGCUGUAUGAGACGAGAUCGUGUGAGGAACUUUGAGAAGUUUAAGAUGAACAACAUGGACAUGCCCUAUGAUUAUGGCUCCAUCAUGCACUUUGGAAAGUUCGCCUACUCUGAGGAUGGAGAUCCUACCAUUGUGCCAAAACGAAGUUGGAACAUUAAAUUGGGACAAAGAUUUGGUCCAAGUGAACUUGAUAUCAUGAAAAUUAAUAAACUCUACAAAUGUAAUUAGUAAUGUAAUACACUUUCUAUGAAAUAAAGCAACAGUACGCUAA